UGUCUGCUGACCACAUGGCAAUCAUGUAAUAUGUUUGUAAUGGACUGAAGCUGAAUAUGAGUCCUACGUUUAUACCCUAAUUUUCUAAAUUACUGUUAAAUGUUUUAAUGUAGCUUUGACCUCCUCAGAAUUGGGCAAACAUAAACACCCAACAGUUUAAAUAUUUUCCCAACCCUGCCUCAGUGCUGGCAGAGUAGUUGAAUCAAACUAUUAUCUGGCAAUCCCACCUUUUCAUUCGCAGUGGCUGUCAUGCUAACAGCAGUGAUGCCACAGCUCCUUCCACAGCAAGACUUUCUACUUUGCUGAGUUAGCCAGCAGCUGGAAUGCAGGAGUAUUGGUAAGAGGUUGAGCUUAUCAUCUGGCAUCUGUGCUUUAUAAAAGUCUAUUAUUUGCCAUGUUAACUACAUUUAUUUUUAAGAGGUCAAAAUAGUUGGUUUAAUCCUUUUAAUUUGUUUCUGUGUCUUCCUUAGUUGUUGUGAGGGCAUGAGGGGAUCCUUAUCCGCAUAUUUCUUCCUGUAAUUUUUCCUUCAUCUGCUGAUGUCAAAGGAUUGAAUGACGACACUAAAUUCAGCCGGAGAAAUAUUUUGACAAUAAUAAGUAUGGUAGACGUCAGAGACAUGCCACCCCAGUGACUAAUCCAUCAGAGUAAGGUUGAAAAGCGGUGAAGUGUCCCUUUGAAUCUGAAAUAAUGAUUAAGAGACGCAGCAAGAGAUUGAGCUGAAGUGAAAGAUGAGAUGCGGAACAUAAGGGCUGUUUUCAAGCUAAGAUGCGGCUCCCCUACCCAUCCCGAGGAGAGGGAGUGGGAGGGGCUCAGCUUAUUCGUUAUUAAGUACUUACAGGCUGCUGCUUUCAUACACACUCACAGGGCACAGAUUGAGUGAGAGAGAGAGAGGGAGACAGAGAGAGAGAGAGAGAGGGAGGAAGAAAGCAGUCGGCUGAAGGAAGCGUAAAGGAAAGCAGCGACUGCACCGGUCCAAUGCCUGCUUUCUGAACCGCUCUGUGUUUCUGUUUGUGUGUGUAUGUGUGGCUGGUUGGGAUAUUCGCUUGUACACUAGCUGUGCGGGGAAGAUCGGAUUGUAUCCCGAUACCCUUCGACCUUCCACCUUUAAGUUUUCCUUACCCACCCCUCCCUCCUUCCCUCCCGUUGGGGGAGCUCCUGCCGGCCCCAUGAUGAAGGAGGAAGGCCUGCUUAGUCGUCGCCGUUUCUCCACGUGCGGCGGGACAGCAUCGCUUCGACCUCCACACCCGGACGGACGCAAACUGAUCCGCAAUGCCUCGUUCGGGGGCUAUAACGAGCUGUCACCCAUCUCGCUGCCAGGUUUCGAGAGAGGGAAGGAGGACCUCUUGCCACUGCCUUUGAAAGAGGACUCUCAUUCCAUAUCUAAGAGCAAGUCUGAAACAAAGCUGUACAAUGGUUCAGACAAGGAUGUGUCGGCGUCUGGGGGGAAGCUCACCAAAAAGGAGUCCCUCAAGGUGCAGAAGAAGAACUACAGGGAAGAAAAGAAGAGGGCAACCAAGGAGCUGCUCAGCACCAUCACUGAUCCUUCUGUCAUCGUCAUGGCCGACUGGCUAAAGAUCCGUGGCACUCUGAAAAGCUGGACCAAGCUGUGGUGUGUGCUGAAGCCAGGCGUCCUGCUCAUCUACAAAACUCACAAAAACGGGCAGUGGGUGGGAACGGUGCUGCUCAAUGCCUGCGAGCUCAUCGAGAGGCCCUCCAAGAAGGACGGCUUCUGCUUCAAACUCUUUCACCCCCUGGAGCAGUCCAUCUGGGCUGUCAAGGGUCCUAAAGGAGAAGCAGUUGGCUCCAUCACGCAGCCGUUACCCAGCAGCCACCUCAUUUUCCGUGCUGCCUCUGAGUCUGAUGGCCGAUGCUGGAUGGAUGCCUUGGAGCUGGCCCUGAAGUGCUCCAGCCUGCUGAAGAGGACCAUGAUCCGUGAGGGGAAGGAUGACAUGAGCACUGUAGGCACUGGUGGGGAACACUCCAUUAAUUUCUACAGCCUCCUCAGAGCCCACAACAUACACGGUUUCCAGUUCAAUGACAGCGACCAUUUGAAAGACCCGGACCUGUACUCGGACAAGUCAGAUCGGGAAGGAGAGCAGGACCAUGAGGAGUCAGAUCCAGAGGGGCUGGAGAAAAGUGAGGAGAGUGACAGCGACACAUCAGAGCGUCAGGAUGACUCGUACAUUGACCUGGACCCAAAUGAGCAUCUGCGUGAAACCCCAUACCUGGAACAGUCCCAGGAGGAGUUAGGAGAGGCUGGUGAAGCUGCUCAGACAGAAACUGUAUCAGAGGAGAACAAGUCUCUGAUCUGGACCCUGCUGAAGCAGGUUCGACCUGGCAUGGACCUGUCUAAGGUUGUGUUACCCACUUUUAUCCUGGAGCCAAGAUCCUUUCUGGACAAACUCUCUGAUUACUACUUCCAUGCAGACUUCCUGUCAGAGGCUGCAAUUGAAGAGAAUGCCUAUAACCGGAUGAAGAAGGUGGUAAAGUGGUACAUCUCUGGAUUUUACAAAAAGCCAAAGGGGUUGAAGAAGCCCUACAAUCCCAUUAUUGGAGAGACGUUCCGCUGCAUGUGGCUCCAUCAGAAAACCAAUAGCAAGACCUUCUACAUCGCAGAACAGGUAUCUCAUCAUCCUCCAGUAUCAGCCUUCUAUGUCAGUAACAGGAAGGACGGAUUCUGCCUCAGUGGAAGCAUCCUCGCCAAGUCCAAGUUCUAUGGAAACUCACUGUCGGCUAUACUGGACGGAGAGGCUCGCCUCACUUUUCUCAACCGAGGGGAGGACUAUGUGAUGAACAUGCCCUACGCUCACUGUAAAGGUAUCCUAUAUGGAACCAUGACUCUGGAGCUGGGUGGUCAUGUCACCAUUGCUUGUGAGAAAACAGGCUACAGUGCACAGCUGGAGUUCAAACUGAAGCCUUUCCUGGGCAGCAGUGACUGUGUUAAUCAAAUCUCUGGAAAGAUCAAGCUAGGAAAGGAGGUGUUAGCUACACUAGAAGGACACUGGGAUAGUGAGAUCUUCAUUAAUGAUAAGAAGACUGGGAUAGUGGACACUUUCUGGAACCCCACGACGGAGCUGAGGCAGAGCCGACUGACUCGUUGCACCGUCCCACUAGAGGAGCAGGGAGAGUUUGAGUCAGAAAGACUGUGGCAACACGUGACACGAGCCAUCAACAACAAGGACCAGACCGAAGCCACCAAUGAGAAGUUCAUACUGGAGGAAGCUCAGAGGAAGUCGGCGCGUGAGCGGAAAGCCAAAUGUGAGGAGUGGAGUCCUGCCCUGUUCGAGCAGGACCCCAUCACCGGAGAGUGGCAUUACAAAUAUGCCGACACAAGGCCUUGGGAUCCACUCAAUGACCUGAUCCAGUUCGAGAAAGACGGCUGUAUCCAGACCAAGGUCCGACACCGCACCCCUAUGGUACGUUCUGGCAGUCUUAUUAGUCUGAGUAACCAGGGGCCGCGGAGGGACAAUUGCAAAUGCCAGGUAACGGUGCCAAAGAGGAAACACAAGAGUGACAAGCCCAAGAGCCCAGAGAGCGGCUGCUCCUCACCUGAACCCGACCACCAGGACUCAUCCGGCAGCGAACGACACAAAAGCAAGCAUAACAAUCGGCUGAGGAAAAAAGGAGCAGACCUCAGCGAACUUCAAAGUGCCAUUGAAUCCAUAAAGCAGACGCAGGAGGACAUUAACAGGACCAUCACCGUGCUGCGGAGUCGUGCCGCGAGUCGGGUGGAGGGCAGCUCCUUCCUCCAGCAGCGUGACUACAUCAUCAUCAUUUUUCUCAUCUUCCUUCAGGUCCUGAUCAACUACAUCUUCAAGUAGCAGCCAUACCCCCAGAGACAGUGAUGUCCUCACACAAACAUGCCCUCUGAGCUUCAUGGGGGCGGACUCUGACUUUGACCUCUCACAGUUAGUGACUUCAACAGUCCUCUCCAACUCUCUUCUCCUCUGUCUUUAUUAGACUCACUUACAUGUACCCAGAAAAGCAGACUCUUCAGCACAAAGAGAGACUUUUUAAAAACAUAUUUAUUUGGAACCAGUCAUUUGGAAAAUCUGGAGAAAUCCUCAGAUUUCAAAGUGGAGAGGAGCAGCGGUAAGGAGAAGUCAAAGGCGAGAGUUUGGUGUGAAUAAAUCUUGACUGCCACCCGGAGGCAUGUUGAUUUGCCUUGAUGUAAGAGGCAGAGACAGCAGCCAUUUUUUUAACCUGUUGUUUGUUUGUUUGUUUUGUUUUUCUGAUGGAGUGAAAUUACUCUGUCGGUUCACAUUUCACCUCAAACAGGUAAUCGUUUACCACACAAUCAAGGACCACAACUCAGAUCGUAACAGAGGACAAAUAGAUCUCUGAUUUUAAUGUUUUUGUUUUUAUUCUUUUGCUUCUUUACUUCGCGUAUCCUUUGUGAGUUGAUGUCUGCUCAGAGCAGAAAACUAGCGAUGAGGGAGAUGGGGCUGGGGGACGCAGUGCAGUCUGUGGGACUUUUAUUUUUUUAUUGUAACGGCUGGAGAGUCCACACGCGGAAGUGGCCAAGAGGGACAGAAAACACAAGGGACAUUGUCGUAAGGAAUUAAAGCUAUAAUUUCUGCUGUAUAACAAAACUCCACAUUUUGCAUACAAAGUCAGUGUUUAAAAGAAAAGUCAGACAUUUGACACAAUGUCAUUGUAUACUGUAGGUAGCAUGUACAGACAGGAGGAGGACACUAGCCCUAUGUAUUUUGUAUUUUGUUUCAAGGCACAAAUGCACUGGAAAUGUCAGAUGUUUGUAUGAUUUAUACACUUUUUAUCUGUGGACAUGAAAAUGCUUUUACACUUCUUUCUCAUCAACAGAAGGAGAAAAAAAAGAUACAUUUCUUUUGGCCGUUUCAGUGAUCACUGCCCUAGAUUUCAGGUAAAAGCAGGUGACAUGUUUUUAUCUGAGAGCUCACUGUAAGAAGCUGGAUUUAGCAACUCAAACGAGUCAGCCAGGCUCAAUGAUGUAGUCUCUCCUCUAAAUGGAAGAGCGCAGGAAUUAAGUUGACUUUCUUUGCCGAGAUAAGCGAUGGGAUUGGUCAGCAGCUGCUUGGCAAAAAGAGCUAGUGUGGGUAAUGGAGUCUGACCAGAAAAGCUCACUAGUCAACAUGUUUUAUCUUAUUACUUCUGCACAAAAACCAAAGUGUAUAAGAGGCCAUAAAACCAGCAGGGGACCUGAGAGGUUCCCUUCUGUGGCUCAGAAUUGGUAAUAAUCCACUAGCCUUCAAAGAGCUGGUCAGCUCUUUAGAGCCCCUUUUGGUAGUAUUUGAUCUUCUUAUCUAACGUACAGCAAAAAACUGUGAGUGGGUAUAUUUCCCAAACUGAACUUGGACUACUCCUUCAGAGAAAAUAUUAAAAUUGCAUACAUGAGCUGGCCUAAUGGUCUCUAUAUGUGAAUACAGCCUCCAGAUCAGGCCACAGUUGAGCAAACUUGCCACUUCUUACAGCGCCUUCAUGAUGAGUCCAGUUGAGAACAUCAGUCACCUCGUUCCAGUGCUUUUGGGCCCCAAAUACUAACCAGGACAACUAGAUUAGACUCUUUAGUAAGUUACUAGUAAGAGGAGGAUGUAGACUCCUAAACCGUCUUCAUAGUAAACCAUUCCAAACGUACGCAAGUACCAGCCAAGCUCAGUGUGUAGCGUAGUAGUCGAUCCUUUUCACUGUGUAAAUAUCCAAUGGCAUUUCAACACCGAGGUUUGCAAUACAGACACUCGCUCUGUGCACAAACCAUUGCUUUUAACCUUGUGUGUCAGUCUCUCCACUGCUCCAUAGAUACACAGGGAUGUAGGCGAAACAAAAAAGAAGUUAAUAUUGGGAUGCACAAUUAGAAUUCCCAUUUAUAAAAAAAAAAAAAAAAAAAAAGAAGGAUCCCAGUGACCUUGAUGUUACAGAGGUGUAGAAGUUACAUUGCGGUUCUAGUCUGUUGCCUUUGUCUUUGGACGUGCGGAUGCUGAAAUUAGUCUCAGAGAUGGUUCGUAAUGAGCCCUGUGAGGACUGCGUUUAGCAUUACCGCACAUAGAAACAACUCCCAGCAAUCUGCUGGCAGUAGCAGUGGUAUGGCAGUGGUGUAGUCAUAUGUGAUUGAUUCGAGGAUGAAGGCAGCACAUCAGAACCCCCCUACCUGACCUUCUGACAAACAGCGUAUCAGGUGCUAGUAAGUAAAACCAGUCUAGGUCAUUCAGAAAGAUCCAGACCGCUUUGUGGACCAUAGCUGAACAUUUUGUAUAUCUCUUCGCCUGUCAUGAUGUUAGCCUUGUUGAAGUUUACAUAUUUGAUUGCCUCCGCCGUCAGCAGACUGUUAAGCGAUUUAAACUUUGUAACUCCCACACAGGUAUGAAGAAGGAAUGGUAGCAUUGGCGAGAGCCAGCUAUUACCCCCCCGAGUUACCCGGCUGGCCCGUGUGCGUAUCUGUGUUUUUGUGCAUCGUCAUUGCCUCAAUCGCUCAUCUUAAAUCGAGAAUCUAGAUGUUAGAGUUUGGAGAAAUAAGUAUAUACCAGUGCCUUUUAGAGUGGGACUGUGGAGGGGGUAUUAAGUGUAGGCAGUGGAGGUAAAAGAGGAUAAGCAGUGGGGGGUUUUUUGGGGGGGAGGGGCACAGAUAUAGCCAGAGUAUUAAAGGGGACCUAUUCUGUUAUUUUAUAGUUACAUUUAGUAAUUAUUAAUGGAAUUAUUUCAUAAUUCCUACUUAACUCUAUCCCUCACUUCCUGUUGUGUGUGUGAAACUGCUGGUUUUAGCUCUUGGGACUUUCCCUGAACAUCCAUUCGAUGUUGAUUGGCUACCCCUGUCUUCUACAGACUAACAUUGUGUGUAAGCCCCGCCUCCUCCUCAAGAAAACUUGGGAGUGUUCAGAGCAGUCUCAAGUCUGAGCUGUGGACUCACGGGGAGUACACUUACGUAAACAUUGGUUGUGUUUAAAAUGAGCGUCUGUUAUUGGGAGGUGUAAUAGGUCCCCUUUAAGGUGAUGUAAUAAUGAAGGGAGCGGUACAGUUGGGGUGAAAUGGGACUCUGUUGUUUGAUUGGAUGUGCCAUACAAAGCCUUAGAAAUGAGUUCUGAGCUCCACAGGUCGCCACCCCACCUGGCUUCUCCUGCCUCCCCUCCUGAAGUGUUGCCAUAGAAACGCACCCUUUCAGUUUCCGGAUGCCGAUUCCUGCCACAGGAGAGAGAGGGAGUGAGGGAGCGAGAGCCCUCCUCUUCACUGUCGUCCUCGUCUCUCUCGCUCUGUAACGCACCAAAUUCAGAGGGAAAUAAACAUCUGUGCUGUCAGUUGUUGUUGCCGUGUCUGUAAAUUAAUACGUUUUAUUUAUUCCUCUUUUAUAUUUGGAUUCAUGUUUACUUUUUUUUCUUGCUCAUAGCUUUAGGUCACUGUUCUUCUUCUUGUUCUGUGAUUUUUUUUUUUUUUUUUGAUUGAUUUUAAAUUCACACACAGUUGGUUUUGUUUUACUCUUCGUUACUUCAACGUGUACACAUGGUCAGCUCCCACUGUUCCUCACCCUGAACACACACACACUUUGGUUUUUUUGGUUUUUUUCAUAUCCAAGUACCUGAAUAUAUUUACUGUGUCUCCAUGGCAACUAUAACUUCUUGGAAGUUUAUGUUCACAUGUAACAUAACACAAAAUAAAGACAAAUGGACAAGUGACGUAAGGUCUUUGUUUGUAUUUGCUGCAAAGACACAUUAUUAUCCAAACCAAAUGUAUGUGACGUUUACGUGUUUAUACUGAAUUUAAUGAGAUCAUCACAUGUUGUGUGUGUUUUGGUUACUGCAAAGAAGUUCACAACGGGAAUAAUGUGUCAUGUAGAACGCUCCGAAGUGAAGGUGUGGUCGAAGACAUCCAAAUGCAGGCUGAGAUGCUGAGCGGCUAGCUUAGAGAAAAUAAUCUAAAUAACAUCAGCAAAGCAAAGCAAAAACCCCCAAAGAGGACUGGUUUACAUGUAUUUUUAUAUGGUCGUGAUGGACUGUGUGACUCCAGUCUGGACAAGCCCGAUAAGUAAAGUCUGUCAUUUCAGCUGUCAUGCUCCUAUUAUCCUUACACCUGAGGACAACAAUUUCCAAAUAUUAGAAUUACGAAUAAAUAUUUGUGAAUGCA